CCCGGCGGCGCGACCCCCGCCCCCCACCCCGGCCGGGCCACCUUCGGGGAAGGGGCCUCUCGCGGCCCAGGUGCGUCGCGGGCGGGAAAGGCCGGCGGAGCAGGUGGCAGGGAGCGGCCGGCCGGGCGGCCCUGCGACGCGGAGGGCCGGGCGGGAUGUCCGGGCCAGGGGCCUGGUGGGGACAGUGAGAACUCCUCAUUCGAGGGUGUCUGGGAUUCGAGAAUGAAAUGGGGGUGGGGGCGUGGGGGGGAAGGAGGCGCUGACCCCGGCCCUUCCUCGGGCGGGAGCUCUGCCAGGCUGCACCGGGAGCCGUCCCAGAGUCCGCCCGAGCAGGGCAGAGGCCGAGCCUCGGAUGCGGGUCUCCGCUGCGGCGGGUGGGCUCUCGCCCAGCCGCUCCCCAUUUGUUGUGCAGCGAGGCUGGGGAGGCGCCUCCGCCGAGACCUGCGUUCCGAGCCUCACGGAAGAGAGGUGAACUCGCCGCGGUGGAACAGCUAGCACCGAGACCCUGGGGUCCUAGCAGAGGCCCUCCGGUGGCCCGUGCCACCCCGGGCGGGCGAGCUCAACGGAGCAGGGCUUGGCAGGGGCAGAGGCGGGGAUGAGCUGGGCCUCUGCGCCCCCGCGGCCCACAGCUGCCUCCCUGUCUGAAUUCCAACGCCCACUGAGCUUCCCGGGCUUCGGGGUGCCCCCGUCUCGAGCCCCGCUUGCUGCCCCAGGCGGAGAAGGCACUCUCUUCCCUGCUCUGUUUCUCGCUGAAGGCAGCCUCUGCUGUUUCCGGCCACAGGGGACAGAGGACACAGGCCCUGAUCUCUGGCCCAGCAAGAUUGCCCGUGGAGUGGCAAGGCUGUUCCCUACGCGGCUCUCAGCGCAGGUCUCCCAGUGCACAGGCGGCCCCUUCUCUGGACUGGGUCCUGACUGUGUUGGGGCGCUGGCGGCCAGCGCUUCCCAGGAAUGUAAGCCAUGUACUCGAUUUCCAACAAACCCCAGGUAUUUGGAAGCCUACUUCCUCCCGAGGCAGGAGGACUGGGUCCCUUGCGGUCGGGCAGCCUCUUGGGAGGGUCCCCGGAGAUUUCGCUGCCCUGGCUGGGACAACUAUCCCUCAGGGGCACAGGCGCAGGCGUCUGCGCAUUUGCGGGGCGUAAUCAGAAAUUCGUCUUGUUUUGUUUUGUUUUUCAUGCAAGAGAUUGCAGCUGUGGGCCUAAACUCCCCAGCUGAGCUCCCUGGGGCGGAGUUCGGUCCCAGGACCCCUGGCCCAAACGGGCUCUCUCCAGGGAGCGCAGGAAGCCCCCAGAUGCGGCUUCCUCCGCGGCGCGCACAGGGGGCCCGGCGGAGCGGCGGACCUUUCAAAAUCCGCCCACGAAUGUGGUUGCGGGUUCGCGCCGAUCCCGAGCCCUGCGCUCACCCCGCGCCGCUUGGAGCGGGGACUUGGCGCCGCGCUCACCCCCGGGGCCGCCCGCCUGCGCGCCGGGAGCAGCUUCGUUCCACCGAGCGCCCGUGCCCAGCAGCGCCCAGAGCUCCGCGCGGCGGAGGUGGCGCGGUGGUCCCGCAGAACGCUGCCCGCGUGGACGCCGCCGCCUCCUCUUGCUCCCGGUUCCGGCCGAGCUCCGGCAGGGCCCGGGGAGCAACGAAAACCGCGAGCCAAGUCGCUUUCCCGGAGGCGGAACCCCGGGAACCUCUGGGUGGGCGCCCGCCCGCCCGCCCUCCGCUUCCCCCAAAGCCCCAGAGGCAAGGACAGUGACGCAGCGCCCGGAUAACUGAGCAGACUCCCCAGCUGGAGCUGUUUACCAUCUUCCAACUCUCACGAAGAAAGGAAAAACUAUCACUUAGAGCCAUUGAAAACUCAGCAUCCACGGUACGUGGAUUUCUUCACGUAAAUAAAUCACACGAAGCGAGACUCGUGUUCUCCGAGUGACGUCAUCCACUGAAGGCCGCCUCCCCCGUCAGAUCAGCGUUGGGUGCUUUCCUCCUCGUGCGGGCGCCCUUUCCGCAAGACCAGGGCCCGGCCUCGGGCUCGGCCCGGGACGCCGGAAAGGUCUCUGCCUGGGUCAGCCCGGCACGACCGGGUCCAGAGGGCGGAAACAGUUCCAACUGCACAGACUGCUUGGAAGCUUUGCUUUGGAACCAUAGGUUCUGAGGUUGAAAGGCCGUGAACGCAUCCAGAAGAAACGUGUGCAGCGCCCAGCAGAAAGUGAAGGCCCUUUGGGUCCUUCCGGAGCUGACGGUGACGCUGGCUGUGGCGUCCUCCCCUUGAAAUGAACGAGGAACCGGAAAAUCACCGGGAAGGCGUCCAGGAGAUGUGGCGUAUUUGGCCACGAGAAGGGACAAAGUCCUGACCCGUGCCACAACGCGUGUGACCUCGGAAACAUUAUUCUCGGUGAAAGAAACUAGUCACGAGGCCACGUGUUGUCUGGGUCCAUUUACAAGAAGUGUCUAGGACAGGAAAGUCCGCAGAGACAGAAGGUGGAGGGGUGGCUGACAGGGGCUGGGGGAGGAGUGGGGGGGGGGGUGACUGUUGACGGACGUGGGUCUCCUUCUGCUGGGUGAGGACCGUGUUCUGGAACCAGCUGGCUGUACUCAAUGCUAUCACACCGUUCGCUGUAAGACGGUAAAUGUUACGCUGUGUGGACUGGAUCUCAAUACAUCCGUUAUUUUGCAAAGUCACCGCUGAGCGUGCACGUUUCAGACCUCCGCGCCCAUCUCGAAACCCUUAUUAAAUUCGGGACCGAGCACACAGCAGGCAGGGCGGGUGACGGGGGUGUGCUCCCCGUGAAGGGAUCCACGAGCGCUGGCCAGGCACCUCGGUGAAGCCUAAAGCCACGGCCCCUUUCCUCGGGGCUGGCUGUGCGGCCCCCUCCCCUCAGUCUGUCUCCUUCCCACCAGCCCGGAGGGAACCCCUACCCGGCAUUUUGCGUUAAGCAUCUCCUUGCCUCAGUUUACAGCGUCUUCACCCAACACAGGUGCAGAGUCGAGCUGCAGCGUCCGUUCAGCACGAAAAUGAGUGAGACACAUUAAAAUCACCAUAAAAGGGCAGGGGAGGUGUGAUCCGUCCACACCACGGAUUAUCGUUUGGCCACUGAAAAGGGCACUGAUGUAGCUAUGACACGAUGAACCUUGCAGACGUGAUGCGCGGCACGAGAAGCCGGUCGCAAAAAGCCACGGGUCCUACGACUCUAUAUGACGUGCCCAGAGGGGCGCCCGGGUGGGUCAGUCGGUUAAGCAUCUGACUCUCGAUUUGGGCUCAGGUCAUGAUCUCACGGUUCGGGAGAUCGAGCCCUGUGUCGGGAUCGGUGCUGACGGCACGGAGCCUGCUUGGGAUUCUCCCUCCCCCUCUCCCUCUCCCUCUCUCUCUCUCUCUCUCUCCACCCCUCUUCCCACCCACCCCUCAAAAUAAAUAAAUAAACAUAUUAUACGAAGUCUCCAGAAUAGGCAAAUCUGUAGAAACAGAGAACAGGUUGCCGGUCGCCAAGCUGCGGAAGGAAAGGCAGUGGCGUCACAGGCGGGUGACGGUCUCAAGGGACGGGCCAGACCCGAGUCUUAAGACCCUCAGUUGGAAGCCGGGGGGGAAAUAAAGCUGACCACUCACGGCCCCCGGCCCUUCUGUUAAUUCAAGCAGCCCACAUUCACCGCACGCCUAGUGUGUGCUGGUGUGGCCAGAGGCCCGUAGAUGUAGCCGUGACCGAAACAGGUAAAAGGCGUCCUCGCCGUGGAGCUCGUGUUCCCAUGAGGAAGGCAGCAGAAGCAGGCUGAGACCCUGUCCAGCAGGUUCAAAGUCUCUGUGUGAUGUGGGGGAUAAUCAAGGAGGGAAAUGAGGAGACGAGCCGAGACACGAGAGAGUUAGAAAGGAACACUGUGAGUGUCUAGGGAACAGCAUUUGGGCAGAGGGAACAGCCAGUGCUGAGGCCCUGAGGCACAAGUGGUCAAGGUGGCUGGAACACAAGGAUGGAGGGAGGAGAUCAAUUCGGGGGCGCAGGGGGCAGGGGCGAGAUGGUGCAGGUCAAGUCUACAGAUGGGGUUAAGACUUUUAAUCAGUCUCCCUUUCUCCCUUUCUCAAGGUUGGUUGUCCUGUAUUAGUCUGUGGGCUCA